CACAGCCCCGCUUCUACGGACACCCGCCGGUUGUGCACACGCAGAGGAGGCACCCUCCGGUGCACACACCUGUUCACAACGUGGGUUGCACGCACACCCCCCGAUGCCCGCAGUGAGAUGUUCGCAUGCUCGCUUUGGCACACUGCACACACUGUACAGGGUGCAGUGCUGCAGUCCCUGCAGCUGGCAAAGGGAGCUGCUUUGGUGUUGGGACAAUGAGGCCGUGUGUGCUGCUGAGGCACUCCUUUUGAGAUGGGACCAGCAAGGAGCAGCGCUGUGAUCCUGAGAGGGGAGGAUCACCAUCCCCGUGCGGGCACAAGGAUGGAGCUGGAGGCCCUGGGAUGCUGGGUGCCUGCAGGCAGCACCCGAUCAGCAGUGAGCACCCCCAGCAGCGAGCCAUGAGCCUUUGCUGUGCCCUUCCAUUCAUGUUGGAGGGGUUUAAGUACAGCCCAAGCCCAAAAAGGCUGCAAAAAACCCACGUGGCCCACCCUGAGCACUGUGAGGGCUCUGAUGGAGUUGGGACCACCACCCCAAGGACACACAGCCCCCACCAGACAGCCACAGGGGAGAGCAGUGCGGACAUUAGACCUUGCAGCCGAUCUGCUCCCUUCUCUUCUGUGCAGGGGCUGCCGGAGCCUCGCACACCUCUGCAUGGCCACACAGCUCCAUGGUACACAGCCUGGAGCCCAGCACAUGCAUGCAAGGUCCCACUGGAUGCCACCAGCUCUCUCUAAGCACGGGUCUGUGUCAGCCAUUGGCAAAUCCCGUAUCGCACAGCAUUCCAGGAAGAAACGGCCCCGUGCUGGGCUGGGGGGAGGCAUCUGUUCUGCAGCACCACGGGGCUUUGCUAAAUAGGUCAUUGCUUUUUUUAUAGUCUCCAGGAUCUAGAAAAACCAGUUGUUCCAGACUGCCGGCGGACCUGGAAACGUGGUGGUGGCGGUGGUGGAUCCCCAGGUGCUCUCACCGCCGUUCUCCCUGCUGUCCUCAGCCGAAAGGGUCACAGUGUGAGCAGGAUGAGUGGUGGAUCCCUGAGCAGCACUGCUGGGUGUGGCUGCGGAACAGGCAGAGGUGUUUGGGGCCGGCUGCCUGCCGCAGGCUUUGCCCGGGUGCUGUUUGCAGUGUGGGUGCAGCCCUGCACACCACUGUACACCCGCAUGCGCCGGCUGCAGGCCGCUGCUCAGGAAUGUAGCCCGGACCAUGGGGAUGAGCUGCUGAAAUCUCCGGGGAUCAGCAGGACAAUGCCAGUGGGAGCAUUGUGCUGACGGCUCUGCAAACGCUGGCACCGGCUCCGGGCCAGCAGCGCCCUAUAAAAGCUGAGCCGCUGAAGUAGGCAGACAUGACAUGGGCGAAGCAGCUGUACCGCCUGAGCUAGACACCUUUCCAGCAGCAAAGAUGGCUCAGACAAACCCUCUGCCUGUCCCCAUGGGCCCAUGGAAGAUCACUGUGUACGACCAAGAAAACUUCCAGGGCAAGAGGAUGGAGUUCACCUCGGCCUGUCCAAACAUCAUGGAGUGUGGUUUCGACAACAUCCGCUCCCUAAAGGUGGAAUGUGGCGCCUGGGUUGGUUAUGAGCACACUGGUUUCUGCGGGCAGCAGUUCAUCCUGGAGAGGGGCGAGUACCCACGCUGGGACGCCUGGAGCGGCAGCAAUGCUUACCACAUCGAACGCCUGAUGUCCUUCCGCCCCGUCUGCUCUGCUAAUCACAAGGAAUCCAAGAUCACCGUCUACGAGAAAGACAACUUUAUCGGCCGCCAGUGGGAGAUCAGCGAUGACUACCCCUCGCUGCAGGCCAUGGGCUGGGCCAACAACGAAGUGGGCUCCAUGAAGAUCCCCUGCGGCGCCUGGGUUUGCUACCAGUACCCCGGGUACCGUGGCUACCAGUACGUCCUGGAGGCUGACCACCAUGGGGGAGACUACAAGCACUGGAGAGAGUGGGGCUCGCACGCCCAGACCUCCCAGAUCCAGUCCAUCAGGCGCAUCCAGCAGUAGCUGCCUGGCGCCUGGCCCCACUUCUGAGCACAUCUUUGCAAGGUUUCUAAAGCUCACCGGCUCCCUUUUGGUGCUAAUAAUCCCCUCCUGAAAUAACAACCCCUUCUUGUACUGCAACUGCUUGAUGGAACAACACUUCUAAACGGUACCAGCUGCCACAACUGCCAAUAAAUAAAUGUGACUGAAAGAAAAAGAUAAAA